CAGUGGAAAGUAGGUUAGGGGAUCCCUGCGUGGCGGCGGUCGGUGGUCGGUGGGGGAACGGCUGGGACGGGCACCGGAGCCGGUGACAGCGCCAGCUUGGGCAGCCGGGGGCCAGCCGCAUCGCGGCCCGUCAUCCUCACCCUAUUAUCCAAUGGCAGACCAAAAUAUGGACAUAUCCUCAACAAUAAAUGAUUUUAUCUCGACCGAUCCAACAGGAUUGAUAUCGGGCUCCUUGGACACAGCAGCUAUGGACUUCAACAGGAAAAGGAAAGGAAGUUCCACAGAAUAUCACGACAGUAUGGAGACAGACAAAGAAGACCAGCAUAGCAGGAUGGAAUGUACGGACCAACAUGGGAGAGUGAAAAAUGCCAGAGAGGCUCACAGCCAGAUUGAAAAGCGGCGGCGGGAUAAGAUGAACAGCUUCAUUGAUGAGUUGGCAUCAAUGGUGCCAACGUGCAACGCCAUGUCUAGGAAACUGGACAAGCUCACCGUGCUUCGGAUGGCUGUACAGCACAUGAAGACCCUUCGAGGAGCUACCAAUGCCUACACAGAAGCCAACUACAAACCUGCUUUUCUGUCCGACGAUGAGCUGAAGCAUCUCAUCCUCAGGGCAGCUGACGGAUUUCUUUUUGUUGUGGGCUGUGACAGAGGAAAGAUACUUUUUGUAUCUGAAUCAGUCUUCAAAAUCCUCAAUUACAGCCAGACUGAUCUGAUUGGUCAGAGCCUGUUUGAUUACCUACAUCCAAAGGACAUUGCGAAAGUGAAAGAGCAGCUCUCCUCAUUUGACAGUGCCCCAAGGGAGCGACUAAUAGAUGCCAAAACGGGUUUGCCAGUGAAGACGGACAUCACUCCAGGACCCACUCGGUUAUGCUCGGGAGCCAGGCGCUCCUUCUUCUGCCGGAUGAAGUGCAACAGACCGUCAGUCAAGGUGGAGGACAAGGAUUUCUCUUCAAGCUGCUCCAAGAAAAAAGCGGACCGCAAAAGUUUCUGUACAAUCCACAGCAGUGGUUACCUGAAGAGCUGGCCCCCAACAAAGAUUGGGUUGGACGAGGACAAUGAGGCCGACAAUCAAGGCUGUAGCCUGAGCUGCCUCGUUGCCAUUGGCCGUUUGCACCCCCACAUUGUCCCACAGCCAGUCGGCAGUGAGAUCAGAGUGAAGUCGACAGAGUACGUUUCCCGGCACGCGAUAGAUGGCAAGUUUGUCUUUGUGGAUCAGAGGGCAACAGUGAUUCUGGGAUAUUUGCCGCAAGAGUUGCUUGGGACCUCUUGCUAUGAAUAUUUCCACCAAGAUGAUAUAGUUCACCUUGCAGAAUGCCAUCGACAAGUAUUACAGAGCAGGGACAAGAUCACCACCAGCUGCUAUCAGUUCAGGAUCAAAGAUGGCUCCUUCAUCACUCUACGCAGUCACUGGUUCAGUUUCCUGAACCCAUGGACCAAGGAAGUCGAAUAUAUUGUUUCCACAAACACUGUUGUCUUUACCAGCUCUCUGGACAGAGGAGACGCAGUCAAUCUACCUCUCGCCAACACUCCUCCCAACAUGGACAGCGUGCUGCAGACCAGAGAAGCCAGUUCAAAGCGCACUGUCACUGCUGUUCCUGGCAUUCCUGGGGGGACCCGUGCUGGAGCAGGGAAAAUCGGUCGGAUGAUAGCUGAAGAAGUCUUGGAGCUACAAAGAAUUAGAGGAUCAUCCCCUUCGAGCUGUAGUUCCAGUCCUCUUAACGUGACCAGCACACCACCCCCUGACACGGUGUCUCCAGUUGGCAAGAAGAUUGUGAAUGGGGGAACACCAGACGUUGCCAGAACCGGCAUUCUGCCUGGGCAGAUGACAGAAAGCACAGGAUAUCCAUACACAGACAGCUCCUCACUGCUCAGUGGCAGUUGUCAGCUGGGUGUGGAUGUGAUUGAGGAGCGGUCAGCGAGCAGUCCCAGCAACGAUGAGGCAGCCAUGGCAGUAAUUAUGAGUCUUCUGGAGGCUGACGCUGGGCUAGGAGGCCCGGUUGAUUUCAGCGACUUACCUUGGCCCCUCUGAUGGGUUCAGUGCCGCCGGCCUCGAUGUGGACUGACUUACCCGAAGCUGAAUGCCGGUGGAGCUGCUCCUCGCUGCUGAAUGUGUUUGUUUGUUGACAUGUUGCACAGAGCUGACAAAUUGUGGGAGCUGGAACCCACGACAUGCACGCCCUGCACUGCCCUUAGAGAAACCAAUAUUGAAGCUGCUUGAAGAGCUGCUGAUACGUACUGAGGAUAUUCUGAGCUUUGCACAACUCUAUUUUUGUGGCUUCUUUCUGGAAUUUAACUCAGCAAAGGUUUUUUAUUUAAACAUCACAGGUAGUUAUUUCAGUUGUAAAACUGAUCAUCAGUCUGGCUUUAAUUUUUCUUCAUGUAAGAUUUAAUUCCAGACGUAACUUCUGGUAAAUAUCUCUUACCCCCAACCCCCAUCCCCAUCUGUCCUCUUACCUCUCUCCUCACCUGCCUAUCACCUCCUCCUGGGUCCCCUCCGCCUUCCCUUUCUCCCAUGGUCCAUUCUCCUCUCCUUUCAGGUUCCUCCUUCUCCAGCCUAUCUACCUUUUCCACCUAUCACCUCCCAGCUGUUACUUCAUCCCCUACCUCCACCUGCUUAUUCUGGUAUCUUCACCCUUACUUUUCAGUCCCGUUAAAAGGGUCUCAGCCCGUAAUGCCGAAUGUUUAUCCCCCUCUAUGGAAGCUGCCUGACCUGCCGAGUUCCUCCAGUAUUUUGUGUGUGUUGUACAGAUGUUUAUUGUAUUUGCUGUGAACCAUUGCUUAAGGCUGCAGAGUUUAGUCAGUUUGUACAGUAUUUUUUAAGAGGAAUCAUGUAAAAAAGAAACACAUCUUUUAAGCUUAAAAUAUUUGUAUAUAUGGUAUAAACAGAAUUUGUACUGACAUUAUUCUCUUCAACCACUUGUCCCAGCCAAGUGACCUGUUUGUUUUAACGGUGACUUGCUGAUUAUUUUGUCUGUCUUCCUCUUCUUUUUAGCCCAUCACCCCUACUGAGGCAUAGGCACUCACAGCAGCUCACCAGAGUCCUCUGUCCUGGGUCAGACUUUAACGUUAUCACCAAGUGUAUCCUUUCUCUUCCAGGGAUGAGGUCUUUGGAGCUUCUGUUGGCAUUUCUGUAGCUCUGGGCUUUUACGAGAUAGGGUUGCUAGCCCCAUGGCCAACCUUUCAAUGCGGGAUUGGGACUGCCAUGAUGGAGUUUGUGCCCAAACCUCCUCCUUUCACAGUCAGGCUUGGGACUGUCCGUGGGGAGUUCAUAAGACCAUAAGAUAUAGGAAAGUAGUAGGCCAUUCAAGUCUGCUCCACCAUUCAAUCAUGCGCUUAUCCAAUUCUUCCAGUCAUCCCCACUCCCCUACCUUCUCCCCACACCCUUUGAUGCCCUGGCUAUUUAAGGACCUACACGAGGAAAUCUGCAGAUGCUGGAAAUUCAAACCACACACACACACAAAAUGCUGGUGGAACACAGCAGGC